CUCAUCCUCUUUGUUAUUUCGUUGAUUGACUAUGGUUGAUUCGACUGUUCCCGGAGACAUGGCUUGUUUGGAUGCAGAUUUGUUGCAGCUUCAAGAAAUGUCAUCCUUUGUUCUGAAUUCAAAACCUGGAUUCACUCAAAAGCUCUUCGACCAGUGGCUUUCUCUUCCCGAAUCCCAACGACAGAUUGGAUCAUUGCUUAAGGAUGCUAUAGCUGGAGCUCCUAUAAAUGUUACUGGAAGUGCAUCGGGUUCUAAUUCUGCCACUAUACCAUCUAUGUUUCCUGCUGGAAGUGCCCCUCCGCUUUCACCAAGAAGUUGUGGUUCACCGCGUACAACCAAACAGAGAGCCCCUUCUAACUUAGGUUCUACUCUCAAAGUAGUCAACGAGCCUGUCAAAGAGCCAAUACCUCAGUUUUAUUUCCAAAAUGGUCGCCCACCACCAAGCGAGAUAAAAGAGCAAUGUAUGUUUAGAAUCAAUCACUUCUUUAUGGUCACAUGGAUGGGUUGCAGAUACAAGAGAAAUCUGCAAGCUCCCAUCUUUCUUCUCCACUUCACUUUUCCGGAGAUUGAUGUCAAUAAUACAGGUUUUGUAACUAGAGAAGCAUUUAUUGAUUAUUGGGUAAACGGGAACAUGUUGAUAAUGGAUACAACGACCCAAAUCUUCAAGAUACUAAAGCAGAAAGAUCAGAGUUUCAUUGUAAAGGAUGAUUUCAAACCACUACUUAAAGAACUGUUGGCGACGCAUCCUGGGCUAGAGUUCCUGCAAUCCACACCUGAAUUUCAAGAAAGAUAUGCUGAAACUGUCACAUACCGAAUAUUUUACUACAUAAAUAGAUCUGGCAAUGGUCGAAUUACAUUUAGGGAGCUUAAACGGGGAAACUUAAUUGAUGCCAUGCUACAUGCUGAUGAAGAAGAAGAUAUUAACAAAGUGUUGAGAUACUUCUCAUAUGAGCAUUUCUAUGUCAUAUACUGCAAGUUCUGGGAGCUGGAUACGGAUCACGAUUUCCUGAUUGACAAAGAAAAUCUUAUGAGAUAUGGAAACCAUGCUCUUACCUACCGGAUUGUUGACAGAAUAUUCUCGCAGGUUGCUAGGAAGUUCACUAGCAAAGUGGAAGGGAAGAUGGGGUAUGAGGAUUUUGUUUAUUUCAUACUUGCGGAAGAAGAUAAAUCGUCAGAGCCUAGCCUAGAAUAUUGGUUUAAGUGCAUAGACUUGGAUGCAAAUGGGAUUAUUACGCGAAAUGAGAUGCAAUUCUUUUAUGAAGAGCAGUUGCAUCGAAUGGAAUGCAUGGCGCAAGAGGCUGUUCUUUUCGAGGAUAUCUUAUGUCAGAUGAUUGAUAUGAUCGGACCAGAGGAGCGUGAGAACCCUACAUUGACAGACUGGGACCGUUUUGCACAUAGAGAGUAUAUUAGGCUUUCAAUGGAAGAAGAUGUUGAAGAUGCAUCCAAUGGAAGUGCUGAGGUUUGGGAUGACUCGUCAUUGGAGGCUCCCUUCUGAGUUCAAAGAGGUACUGAUUAUACAGUUAUAUUUAUUAAUAAUCGUCGUCUAGCUCAUCGCUUUACGUCUUCUUCGCCUGUAUUACAUUCACUUUGUUCUAUCUCUGGGUUUUUGUAUGUACUUUAGAGCUGUGUUACUUCAUCAUUUUCAGUUGUUCCAAAUAUUGUGAAAAUCAAUUCCAUAAUUACUU